CGUUCCCCAGUGGAAAAGGAGAGCUGCCUUCACUGGACCACGAAUCGGUUUAUCGCCACGAAUAACAGCAUGGCGGGGGCGGGGAUAGCCUAUCACGUGCUGCGGGACACAACGGGGCGGGGCGGGCCACUGGUUGCGGAGUGAGCUGGGCGCGCGGCGCGCAGGCGCCCUGGGGACCCGGUAGCGGUGGCGGCGGCGACGGUGGCUGCGGCGGCGGCAGCGGUGAAAGGAGCCGGAUCGCUGGCCCGAGCGGGAGGCGGAGGUGGCAGCCAUGGCGGCAGAUGGAGAGCGUUCCCCGCUGCUGUCAGAGCCCGUCGACGGUGGCGCCGGCGGCAACGGUUUAGUGGGGCCGGGCGGGGCCGGUAAACAUGCCCCGCCCCAGGCUUUUCCCCCAUUCCCCGAGGGGCAUCCAGCCGUGUUGCCUGGAGAGGACCCGCCCCCCUACUCACCCUUGACCAGCCCGGACAGUGGAAGUGCCCCUAUGAUCACCUGCCGAGUCUGCCAGUCUCUCAUCAACGUGGAAGGCAAGAUGCAUCAGCAUGUAGUCAAAUGUGGUGUCUGCAAUGAAGCCACUCCAAUCAAGAAUGCACCCCCAGGGAAAAAAUAUGUUCGAUGCCCUUGUAACUGUCUCCUCAUCUGCAAAGUGACUUCCCAGCGGAUUGCCUGCCCUCGGCCCUACUGCAAAAGAAUCAUCAACCUGGGGCCUGUGCAUCCAGGACCUCUGAGUCCAGAACCACAACCUGUGGGUGUCAGGGUUAUCUGUGGACAUUGCAAGAAUACAUUUCUGUGGACAGAAUUCACAGACCGUACCUUGGCACGUUGCCCUCACUGCAGGAAAGUGUCAUCUAUUGGGCGCAGAUACCCACGAAAGAGAUGUAUCUGCUGCUUCUUGCUUGGUUUGCUCUUGGCAGUCACUGCCACUGGCCUUGCUUUUGGCACAUGGAAGCAUGCACGGCGAUAUGGAGGCAUCUAUGCAGCCUGGGCAUUUGUCAUCCUAUUGGCUGUGCUGUGUUUGGGCCGGGCCCUCUAUUGGGCCUGUAUGAAGGUCAGCCACCCUGUCCAGAACUUUUCCUGAGCCUGAUGACCCACAGACUGUGCCUGGCCCCUCCCUGGUGGGGACAGUGACACUACAAAGGGAGCUGGGGUAAAAGGCUCCCUGGGCUUCUAUAAGGAAGCCAAGCAGCUGCCUUCCUUUUCCCUGGAAAGGUAGGAAGGAACCAGGCCCUUACUUAGGUUUGGAAGGGUAAGUAGGUAAGGCCACUCUGCUAAUCACCUGCUUUCCUCCAAGGGUUGUGGUGUUUAUGGUGAAGUAGGCAAAAUGUUGCCCCUCAAUCGGGGUACUGAAGAUGGUUCUAGCCUUGUCCUUCCUGUAUGCUCCCUGAGAACCAUUCCUGUCCCUUACACAUUCCAGGGCAGGGUGGGGGUGGGUAGCCCUGGGGGUUCCCCUCCCUCUUGUGCACCAUUAGGACUUUGCUGCUGCUAUUGCACUUCACCAGGGUUUGGCUCUGGCCUCAAUACCCUCAGUCUCCUCUCCCCACAUUCUGUGUCCUGUGGGGGUGGGGUUAGCCGCUGCUCUGUACAGAACCACAGGAACUGACGUGUAUAUAACUAUUUAAUGUGGGGUAUGUUCCCCUAUUCCUGUAUUUCCCUUAAUUCCUCCUUCCAACCUUUCUUACCCCCCAGUUGCAGUAUUUAACUGGGUUGGGUAGGGUUGCUCUGUCUUGGGGGAAGUUAAGGAUUCAACCUGUGCUUGUAAAUAAAUAAGGUCAUGACUCUA